AUGAGCUCAGCUGCUUCUCCCCCACACUUCUUUAUUUCUCCGUGCCCCUUCCGCAUGCGCUUCGCGCGCCAUUGGCGCUUUGCUCUCCUCUUAUUUCUUCAUUGGAGGGUUCGGAUGGACUUUGCCGUUCUUUCCCAACGAAAAUGGAAAGGGCUAUAUCACAUCGAGAUGUCGAUUCGUUUUCCACCCCAAAUGAGAUGGGGAAUUAGUCACCUCUGUCCCUUCAUCUUUUUGAAAGGAAUCGAGGCCUGGCCCGGCUCGCGUCAUUCCAACAACCGACGGGGAGCACCUCAGUAUACGAUCGCGCGCAGUAACUGGGAGUCCUAUUAUACCUAA